AAAAGUGCAAACAAUAAACAAACGCGAAUUCCAUUACAAGUACCGCGACUGAAACAAACAAAUUGUUAAAUUGAAAUUUUAUUUUAUUUUAAAAUUAACGCCAAAAAGACAUCAAAGACUUAUAUAUAUACAUAUAGGAGAAGCAAAGUGACAAUUUAUUAUUUAUCUAACCAUACAUUUAAAUAGUUAAUUUAGUAAAAUUUUUUUGUAUUAAAAUUAAUUGAAAGAGCUUGACCAUGAGGUUAUGCAUAUUAUUGGCUAUUGUGGCCUUUGUUGGCCUCUCACUGGGUGAGGAGAAGAAGGAAAAGGAUAAGGAACUGGGCACAGUUAUCGGCAUUGAUUUGGGUACCACAUACUCUUGCGUCGGCGUUUACAAAAAUGGACGCGUUGAGAUCAUUGCCAAUGACCAGGGUAACCGCAUCACUCCAUCCUAUGUGGCAUUCACCGCCGAUGGCGAGCGUCUGAUUGGUGAUGCUGCCAAGAAUCAGUUGACCACCAAUCCAGAGAACACCGUGUUCGAUGCCAAGCGUCUGAUUGGACGUGAAUGGUCGGACACAAAUGUGCAACACGAUAUCAAAUUCUUCCCCUUCAAGGUUGUCGAAAAGAACUCCAAGCCACAUAUCAGUGUUGAUACCUCCCAGGGAGCCAAGGUCUUUGCCCCCGAAGAGAUCUCUGCUAUGGUUUUGGGUAAAAUGAAGGAAACCGCCGAAGCCUAUUUGGGCAAGAAGGUGACCCAUGCUGUUGUUACUGUCCCAGCUUACUUCAAUGACGCCCAGCGUCAGGCCACAAAGGAUGCCGGUGUCAUUGCUGGUCUCCAGGUGAUGCGUAUCAUCAAUGAGCCGACUGCUGCUGCCAUUGCCUAUGGCUUGGACAAGAAGGAAGGAGAGAAAAAUGUCUUGGUCUUCGAUUUGGGUGGCGGUACCUUCGAUGUCUCUCUGCUGACCAUUGACAACGGUGUGUUUGAAGUGGUUGCCACCAACGGUGACACUCACUUGGGUGGUGAAGAUUUCGAUCAGCGUGUCAUGGAUCAUUUCAUCAAGCUGUACAAGAAGAAGAAGGGCAAGGACAUUCGCAAGGACAACCGUGCCGUUCAGAAGCUGCGUCGUGAAGUCGAGAAGGCCAAGCGCGCUCUAUCCGGAUCCCAUCAAGUGCGCAUUGAAAUUGAAUCGUUCUUUGAAGGCGAUGACUUCUCCGAAACUUUGACACGUGCCAAAUUCGAGGAAUUGAAUCUGGACCUCUUCCGUUCGACUUUGAAGCCAGUGCAGAAGGUGUUGGAAGAUGCCGAUAUGAACAAGAAGGAUGUGCACGAAAUUGUCUUGGUCGGUGGCUCUACUCGUAUCCCCAAGGUCCAGCAAUUGGUGAAGGACUUCUUUGGUGGCAAGGAACCCUCUCGCGGCAUCAACCCCGAUGAAGCUGUUGCUUAUGGUGCUGCUGUCCAGGCUGGUGUUCUGUCUGGCGAACAAGAUACUGAUGCCAUUGUUCUGCUCGAUGUCAACCCAUUGACCAUGGGUAUCGAGACUGUUGGCGGUGUCAUGACCAAGCUUAUUCCCCGAAACACUGUCAUCCCCACUAAGAAAUCGCAAGUGUUCUCGACUGCCUCCGACAAUCAGCACACAGUGACCAUUCAGGUCUACGAAGGUGAACGUCCCAUGACCAAGGAUAAUCAUUUGCUGGGCAAAUUCGAUUUGACUGGCAUUCCUCCAGCUCCACGUGGUAUUCCUCAGAUUGAAGUUAGCUUCGAAAUCGAUGCCAACGGUAUUCUGCAAGUGAGCGCUGAGGAUAAGGGCACCGGAAACAAGGAAAAGAUCGUCAUCACCAAUGACCAGAACCGUCUGACGCCCGAGGAUAUUGAUCGCAUGAUCCAUGAUGCUGAGAAAUUCGCCGAUGAGGACAAGAAACUCAAGGAGCGCGUCGAAUCGCGCAAUGAACUGGAAUCGUACGCCUACAGCCUGAAGAAUCAAAUCGGCGACAAGGACAAACUUGGCUCCAAACUGAGCGAUGAUGAGAAAACGAAACUGGAAUCGGCCAUCGAUGAGUCGAUCAAAUGGCUAGAACAGAACUCCGAUGCCGAUCCCGAGGAGUACAAGAAACAGAAGAAGGAUUUGGAGGCCAUUGUCCAGCCUGUGAUUGCUAAGCUGUACCAAGGCACUGGUGGAGUUCCUCCCACAGAGGGUGGCAGCGAUGAGGGCGAUCUCAAGGAUGAGCUGUAAAUCAGCGUCACACGCGCGGCGGGGGCAAAGCGAAGAAAUGAAAGAAAACAAAAGUAGACUGAUAACAAAUUUAAACAAAACCUACAACAACAGCAAAAAAAUAGUAGACAACCUCUCCCCCACCACCACCACCUUAGAGAUCGGCAAUAUAUAUACAUUUUAAUAAUAAUUUUUUUUUUUUUUUGAGAAAAUUAUAUUUUUUAUUUGUAAUUAAAAAAGAAACACAAAACUAUGUAUAUGUAUAUCGAUCACCACACCAUCCAUCCCAUUCAUCUGUCAAGAGAUCAGAAUGUGUUGUUUUCCUCACACAUUCCUCCAUAAAAAAGCCGCUUCGUAACGCUCUCUCUCUCUCUAUAUACAUAUAUAUCUAUAUAUACUUUUUUUUGUCACUCUUACUGUUUAUGUUUUGGCGUAAUAACUGUAUAGUAUAUUUUUCCUCCACCCCUUAACAACACAUACAAACACACAAAAUGUUGAGGAAGAGAGAAGUUAACGGAACUCAAUAGCCACAAAAUGUUAUAUGUAUAAGAUAAAUCCAGCAACAAAUUAUAACUAUAAUGAUAAUGGUGAUGACGAUGAUGAAAUGAGGAGCAGCUGCGAAGCGAAAAAGAAAAGAAAGAGUAAACCGAUAAACAAAAUAAAAAUAAUAAUAAUUAAAUUCUUCGAUUUUACGAAGAAUUUUAUAAUUUAUUUAAAAAUACAAAAAUAAAAAAAAUUGAAAAAAAAAAAA